GAUCUACAUGAGUGCACCUAGAAUGUAUGGGAUAGGGCAAGGCUUCCACAAGUCACGCCCUUAAGCCCUCCUGUUUUCAUACUUGGUCAGGGAAUGCUGAAAUGAAAACUUUGAGAUGGAAAAGAAGCCUCGACUUUAUUCCAAAAUGAGGUUAAUAUGACAGAAAUAACUGGGACACCGCGGCAUUUGUAUGUGACAUGGAGUGAGUGCGGGGGCAUCUUCUAAAUAGCAUCUGCUGUAUACCGGGGGUGGGGGCCAGGCAGGAUGGCAGAGGGGGAGGACUGCUCCACCAUCUCUGACUGGAAGGAGAGAUGCAUCACCUUGGAGACGCUCCUUUUCAAAUUCCGGGAGCAGAUCAUGAAAAUCCGCCAGCUCACUGCCGAGAAGCUGCACCAGCUGGAAACUCAGGUGAUGGAGGCAGAGAGGCGAGCCUAUGAAGCCAACCAGCAGGUCCAGUGGAUGGAGGAGCAUCUGAAGGCAGCGGAUGGGAAGGCUGGUGACUCUGAGCUGCACCUCCUUAAACACUGUCAGGAGCUCCAGUCCCUGCUGCAGGGGAAAGAUGACCUCAUCACAGGGCUCGAGCACCAGCUGGAGGAGCAGAAGCAGAUCAGAGUGCAGGAUGCCAAGACGGUGGAGGAGAAAGCAGCGAAGAUCAAAGAAUGGGUGAUGCUCAAAUUGAAAGAGUUCGAGACGGAAAACACCACUCUGAGGGAGACUAACCAGCAGCAAGGCGCUCAGAUACUAGCUCUGCAGAAGCAACUACAAGUCCUGGAGCAGAUGCGGUCCGGUGGUUCUGUCCCGUCUCGGCCCGGCGAGGCGCACCGUCUCAGUAGCCUGACCUUCGGCUGUUUCCAGGUCCGGGGAAAGAGCCCGCAGGUCCUGACUGGACCGCACUCCGCCCAGCGGCCCGUCUGCAGUGACCCAGCAGUCCCCAGGAGCACAGACAGGAGAACCUCCCCAGAGCGGGAUCCCCCAGAGGCAUCGGCAGAGGCAGAGGAUCAGUCCUGUGACCCCUCAGACGUCCCCAGACUGGAGGCCCGUGGCGAGGGGGACCCCAGCAGAGGUGGGGGCUCACCGUCCCGUGGCGCGGACUCCUCUGCGGCCUCCCGGCCCGGCAGCGAGGCGUACCUGACGGCGUCGGAUGACAGCAGCUCGCUCUUCGACGAGGACAUGCAGCGUGCCGAGCGCCCCACCCUCGUGCUCCACCCUCACCACCUCCUCCCCGUCGGGGAUGCCGAUGAUGACGAUGACGACGAUGACGACGGACCCAGCAACGCCAACGGCAAAGGCAACGACACCGCCUCCCCCGACGAUCUGAGCCGCCGGUUCCAGUCACAGCGGCUCGACUCGUCCUCGUGGUCUUCUGGUGACGCCACACUCAGCCCGGGCCUGCCGCCCGCCCUCACCCCGAAACGGCCCACGCCCAGCCGCGAUGCCAACGCUGACCCGGCGUCGCCCAAGCAGCCACGGCUGCGCAUCCCCGUGGCGGGGGCAUCGGUAGACACCGGCCUCGCCAAGAGGCACCUCAGCCAGCCGAUGCCCCUGCCAUCGCCGCUCCUGGUCAUGGAGGCGGGGCGAGGGCGUACGCACACGCGGAACGCCAUCAGCAUGCUGCGGCCGCCGCGGCCACAGGAGACAGACCUCGACCAGGAGCAGGAGGAGAUGGAGACGGGAGGAGAGGAGGAGCAGGGGGAGGAGGAGAAAGGAGAGAAAGAGGAGAGGGAGAAAAAGAUCAGCCUAGUGCCAACAGAAGUGCCCGCCAAGAUGGCUGUGGUGGAGACUGAAGCGCCCCAGUCACCCCCAAAUUCAGUGCCUGCGAAUAAACCACCCACACCCCCAUUACAUCGCUUCCCUUCAUGGGAAAGCCGUAUCUAUGCAGUAGCCAAGUCUGGCAUCAGUCUGUCUGAGUCCUCUUGCACAGACGUGACCAACAAAGACCCCAGUCAGAAGUCAUCCUAUCCAGCUGUCCUGCUCUACUCAUCUCUCAUCUAUAGGGACAUGAAUAUGCCUACCUACACCUCACUUAAAGGGAGGGCAACUCUGCUCAGUAGUGAUCUGUCAGAUGAGUGCUGCAGCUCGUCAGAGGAGGAGAGUUCAGAGGAGUCGUGUGUGUCGGCCGGAGAAGACGGGUCCCUGCGCAGCUCACACACCUCAGAGUCCAGCUCACACAAGGGCAGUCCACGCACGCUCAAGAGAGCCGUGUCCAUGUCCUCCAUGACCUCUGAGAGUGACUAUGCCAUCCCACCUGAUGCCUACUCGACUGACACAGAGUGCUCUGAACCGGAACACAAACUCCCAAAGACCUCCUCACCAGUCUGUGAUGGCGGAAAAAAUGAGUCAAUGGAGAAGUCUGGCUACCUGCUGAAGAUGGUAAAGACCUGGAAGAAGACAUGGAAGAGGCGCUGGUUUGUCCUAAAGGAUGGAGAACUGCUGUACUACAAGUCACCAAGUGACGUGAUACGUAAACCUCAGGGUCAGAUUGUGCUCAGUGCCUCCAGCAGCAUCACCCGUGGUGAUGGAAAACAAAUGCUUCAGGUGGUCACAGGCAAGCGUGUGUACAGUCUGAAGGCUGACUCUCCUAACCUGCUGGAGGAGUGGCUGAGGGUGCUACAGAGCGUGCUCAGAGUAAAAGCCGCCAGCCCCCUCUUCACCCAACCAGACGCCCGGCCCACCAUGAAGGGUCACGUGACUAAGGUCAAGCAUGGCUACAGCAAGCGUGUGUGGUGUGCCCUCUUUGGCAAGACCCUCUACUACUUCCGCAGUCAAGAGGACAAGUUUCCUCUGGGUCAGAUCCGGCUCUGGGAGGCUCGCACGGAGGAAGUGGACCGGUCAUGUGACUCUGGCGACCAUAAAUGGGCAUUGCAGGAGGGCAAGUCCUCCACGUGCACCCUCUUAGUCCAGCCCCCUGGCCAAGGGCCCACCUACCUGCUCAUCGAGUCCCAACAGGAGAAGGUGGCAUGGCUGUACCAUCUCUCGGUAGCAGCGGGCACCAGUGUCGGUCAGUUUGGCACUGAGUUUGAGCAGCUGGUGGGAAAGCUCUACAGUGUAGAUGGAGACCCAGGCUCUCAGAUCUGGAGGCAUCCAGUAUUGUGUUUCAGUAAGGAGGCUCUCAGCUCUCCCCUCACCACCCUCCCCUCCAAAGCUCUACAGACAGAGGCAGUCAAACUCUUCAAGACGUGUCAGCUCUUCAUCAACGUAGCCAUUGAUGCCCCUGCCAUCGACUACCAUGUGUCUCUGGCCCAGAGUGCUUUGCAGGUGUGCCUGACACACCCUGAGCUGCAGAAUGAGUUCUACUGUCAGCUGAUCAAGCAGACCAGGAAGAGACAACCACCAGGACAGCCAGGGCCCCUGCAGGGUUGGCAGUUCCUGGCGUUGUGUGUCGGCCUAUUUAUGCCCCAACACCCCUUCAUCUGGCUCCUGCAGGUACACCUGAGCAAGCACGGAGACUCCAGGACGGAGGUGGGGAAGUAUGCCAUCUACUGCCAGCGUUCUUUGGAGCGCACGCAGCAGAGAGGAGAGCGCCAGGCUCGGCCCUCCAGGAUGGAGAUCCUCUCACUGCUGCUCAGGAACCCCUACCACCACUCCCUGCCAUUCAGUGUGCCUGUCCACUUCCUCAACAACACCUACCAGGUGGUGAGCUUUGAUGCCUCGACUACAGUUGAGGAGUUCCAGAGCCGUCUGAACCAGGACUCGUGCAUCAGGAAGACCAGCCAGUCAGGCUUCUGCCUCUACUCAGAUGACCCAGCCGCACAAGACCCGGAGCACUACCUACAGGGAGGACUGAAGAUCUGUGACAUCAUUGCCAAAUGGGAGGAGGCCUCCAAACACACAGGCAAAUCUGAGACAGCCAAGAGUGUACGCUUCACCUACAAGAACAGGUUGUACUUCUCUCAUCAGGUGAGAGGGGAGACAGAACGAGAGCGUCUGUUACUGGCCUACCAGACCAAUGAGGAGAUUGUAGCCGGACACUUCCCUGUCAAUAAGGAACUGGCCUUAGAGAUGACCGCCCUACUUGCUCAGGUGGAGUUUGGGGACUUUGAGCGUCCCUUCUCUCCUUCAGGAUCUGCAGGGUCUCAGACCAAGUCCAGCCAGACUGUGAAACAGGUGCUGGAGCGCUUCUACCCCAAACACUACAGACGUGCCUACUCUGAGGAACAACUCAGGCAGCUGAGUCAGCGUCUCUCGAGCCGCUGGGCUUCCCUCAGGGGUCGAAGUUCACCGGAGUGUGUGCGCAUCUACCUGACCGUGGCACGCAAGUGGACAUUCUUCGGGGCCAAGCUCUUUGAUGCUGAGCCCAUCUCUCCUUCCUCACUGCCAAGUGGACACGUUCGGUUGGCAGUACAUGAGGAGGGCAUCAGUGUACUGGAGUUCAACUCUAUUAAGCUGCUGUUGUCCUACCCUCUGAGGACCAUUGUGUCGUUUGGGGCGAGUGGUCAGGACUUCAUGCUGGUGGUCAGCAAGGCCUCGGGUGGAAACACCUGCAAGGACAAAACCACAGAGAAGCACCUGUUUGCCAUGGCAACGUCAAAGCUCCGGGAGCUCACCCUCCUCAUCGCUGCCUACACUAACUGUGCCCACCAGCAGAAAUCGGCGGCUCACCAUCUCUCCGCCCCCGCACUCCUAUUGGCCCAGCCUGACCUCAAGAGCCACGAUUUCCGUUCCAAAUCCCCUCCCACCCCUGCCUGCAGACCCAGCAAAGCCCCCACUCUCCUGUAAGAGCGCCCCCCUAGUGCACGCUAGUGGAAGUGCAUUAGCCACAGUGAUACUAAUGCAGUAGGGAAUUCUCCAUUAGCUAACUUGCCAAUAAGAGUUCACUGUCUGGAGACAGCUUUUUGAAAUUGGUGACUAGAGGCAAGUAACAAAAGAUGAACCCUAAUGCCCAAUGCACACUGCCUGCAAUGCGUAUGCGUGACUGCUGCCUUGCGGAACUACUGCAGCCAUUUUUCUGCAUUGAGUUUGCCUUUGAUAACGGCCGUCAAUACCCAAUCAGAUCGGGGUCAUCCAUCGUUGAUGAGUGGGCUAAAAGUGAAGACCAAAAAGUUGACCAGUUGUAACCUGAGAGCAGUCACGUGAUUUUUGUUGGCCUCGUUCAGAGCAAGGGUGAUAGAGAGAGAGAGAGAGACUACUGCAAUCAAUAUAAGUUAUCAAUAUACUGUAAUUAUAGCCUACAUUGGGUUACUAUUUAGUACACAUGCAGCUUUCCACUUUCCCAUUUCAUAACUGAAAGCUCGGACAUCGAAACUGCGGUGAAAAUGGUCAGUUAUGUAAUGUUACUGGUAUGAUGUCAAUGUGACUAUCAAAACAUCUUGUUAUUGUCUAUUUCUGCCGAGAAGCGCUCACCUCACGCAUGGAAAUAGGCUCCACGCCAAAACCCUUCAUGACUCACUUCAGCAGCAAGGCCCUAGCCGUGUGUGCAAGCUCUGACCUGUACACAUGGGCACAGAAAUGGAGCAACAGGUGAUGCAAUGCAGGCAGUGUGGGACUGAACGGGUCAUGCCAUGCAGGCAGUGUGAAACUGAAUAGGUAGUGCAAAUGCAGGCAGUGUGAAAUGGUCACUCCUACAAUCUUUUUUCUCUUAGAUACACUUUAGACUUCCAAAUGUACCUGUACUGUUAGCCCUUCAAGACCCGCCUUCAGGAGGCACUUGGAUUGGUUUAGAAAUACACAAUGCCAUUGGUUCUGUAAUCAUUCCAACACACAUCAAUUUGUUUUUUUUUUGUCCACAACUGUUGUCUCCAGACAUAAAUGUUAUAUGUAGUGUUUUUGAGGGGUCUAAGAUGCUUCCAUGCCUUAUAUGGCUGUGAGUGUAGAGACCUCUUCCCAGCUAAAAGUAUCUGGAUUUGUUGUUACUUAAUGCCAGACUUGACUUGUGCCAAAGACUUUCACACACCCACACCCUCUCUCUUUGUUUCUCUCUCUCUCUCAGUCUCUCUCAGUCCCCACUUCUCUUUCUGUUUCCUUGGGUUCAGUGCAUAUGAAUUAAAAGUAGAUGUCCUUCUGUUUUCAUCUUUGCCAAAUAUCAGGGGAGUUCCCUGUCCUUGAGGGCCAUUUUGUGACUUUAACACCUUUGUCUGCAUACAAUAUGAGAGAACCAAAAUAGAUACACACAGAUGGGUGAACAUAAGGAUGAAAUAUAAAUGAAAUGCCGUAAAUGUAAAUGUAAUUUAUUACUUUUCUGAUGUAGCACUUAGAAUUUAAAUCUCAUUGGUUGGAGUGUAAAAGUGAAGUGCAGUAGAUUUUCUACACUGAGGUUAGUAGGUCUCAGUAUUACUAAGGCCAGCAGUCAAGUAGGGAUAGAGUCUAGGAGGAGAUCUCCACGGAAAUGAAGGUAUAGAAUGUGUGUGAGUGUCUGUUUGCAUGUGUGUAUUUGUGUGUGCGGGUGUGCAGAUGUAUGGUAUGUUGGUAAAUGUUUGUGUCAGUGUGUGUGUGUGUGUGUGUGUGUGUGUCUCAGUGGCAUUCGUAUGAAGGUAUUUGGAAUUGAAGGUGAGUUCUUAAAUAGGUAUUGGAUGGGGAAAGGCACACGUAUCAGUUGAAGGUUUCAUGUUAAGUGUUCUGGAUGUACUUCCUCCUCUGAGAGUAUAAACUGAAUGAUGGACCUAUAGACAGACAAGAGUGAUAAGAUGCUAAAGAUACAGCAAAACUAUUUUGUGAAGAAAAGACAGGUUGUAUUUGCUGCGUUGCUUCACUGAUUAUGUUUGAUUAUUUACUGAUAAUUUUAAUUUUUAGCAAAUGUAAAACCAAAGUGCGACUGAGUGGUCUGAAACAAAGACCUAAGAUGCACACAAACAUGCAUGGGCAUGUUUGUCUGUUUACUUUGUAUUUUCAAUUGCAUCAUAUAAGCCUAGAGGCUUUUUUGGCAACGUAAUCUAUGUGCUGUACCUUUUAAGGGAAGCUAUGGCAGCAUAGGAAUGAUUCCAGGAAGUGACAGUGGGUGAGGGGAGAUCAUUGCGAAGCGUCAGGACACGUCAGACUUUCAGCUGUAGGUGGAGAUUCUGGCCUUCAGGGUUUCAUGACAGAGUUCAGAAUAGGCAACGGUACGUCCCCCAAAAACAUGAAGUUAAACAUGAAGAAUAACGGUGAUGAUGUUGUAUGGGUGUUAUAGUUUUCAAGGCAGGCAUUACAGCUGUCUGUUAAGAUUAAUGAAAGUGAAUGCCAAUCAAACUGGAAGAUGUUGAAGUAUAGCUGUAUUUAUUGCACAGCUGUGAGUUUUUAAAGAAAUCUAUAUCUAUGAGAGUCUGGGAUUUUCACAAAUGUAUCCAUGAAUAUUUGAAUAAACAGCUUGGAAAAGACA